CCAUCCAGGGAGAGUAGAGAUAUUCUCAGUUGUUUCAUGCUACUGAAACCGGAGAUAAACGCCGGCCUGAUGGGCCAUGCACAUUGGCUCGUGACAGACUUUCCUUUUUUUAUAAAUUUUACUAGGGGGAAUAUCAUAUCCUUUUUCCGUUCUGACAUACAAAUAUUCACAACUGGGCAAUGUCCUUUUAAAGAGUUUUCGGCCCGAUCAGCCAGCGUUGGGUCAACCCCCCUCCGCCCUAUUGGCAGCUAAGCCCCCUCUUGAUAUAAACCUGGAUCCGCCCAGGGGAAGCAGUGUGGCUUAAAGAAUAACACCUACAGUAGUAAUUGUGUGGUUGUACAAAACAUAUUCACCAUGUUUAUUUUGUUUCUCGUCAUGAGGUGGCAUCCUCAUUCAGAGGAUAUGAGGCAGAUAUCUUUGAUAGAUUCUUCUCUGUGAUUCUGUGCUGGGCGAAGCCCAUUGUAGUUUUAUUUUUGUGCGUCGUGUUUGUUUUUAGUUGGAUAUUUAUUUCGAUACCUAUUGUAAUUACUUUCUAACCCAGAAUAAGUAUCUUUCAAACUCAGUCUCGUGAUUAAAAUUUGUAAUAAACAUGACAAUUUGUUUUCUGCUGCAAAAAGCGAGAAAUUUCCUGAGAUAUUUGGACCCCCUGAAAAUUUGGUACCUUCCUCACGCGCGUUGUAUUCAAGGUUAUACGCAUUGUAGAUGUUUUCUGGGAAUUUCCUGAGUAGCGCUGCCAAAGUUCCCAAGGCUGGAUUUGAUUCUUCUUGCUGAUAGCAACCUCUACCGUCGCGGCGGCUGUACAGCGCUUAUCAAGGACCGGCUGCAUAAUGGGGAUUAAAAUAUACAUCCAGUCUUGAUGCGAGACUACUCUUGUCACGGUGACUGGGGCUGUACGAUGUGUAUAUAAAUACCACGCAAGACAGCUGAUCUUCAUACCAGCGGGUUGGGGUCAAUGUAGUCUACUGUCCGGGACGUCACAUUCAGCCCUUUAGCUACUAAUGACAAGCCGUGCGGGGCGGACGCUGUUUUCCUUCGAGCGGUAGUAUCAAGUCAGCGGGGUGUAAGGCUCUCCUCCACGCAUAUCAAGUCCCGGUCUGUUACGGGAACCAUGCUGGUGUAGAUGAUAGUAGGAAGCAGACAAUAUUUUUAUGCCGUGUAAGUGCAGAGUACUGUAUUGCAGCCAUGGUACUGGACAUGUACUGCAGCCACAUUCUGCUGUCUGUUUUAGUCCUGAUUAUUAGUCCAAGUUUCGCAGUUUCAGAGAGCGGUUACGGCGGCUGGCCGGCGAUGAGGAAGAAACCCUCCCAGUCCAAGGCCGGGAACGGAAAGACCAAGAAAAACCCGCCCAAUAUCGUCUUCAUCCUGGUGGACGACUUGGGAUUUAACGAUGUGGGUUAUCAUGGAGAGGGCGGGUCUGUCCUGCAAACUCCCACUAUUGACCGGCUGGCUAUGAAAGGGGUGAGGCUUGAGAACUACUACGUGCAGCCCAGCUGCACGCCGACACGCAGCCAGCUUAUGACUGGCAGGUACCAGAUCCACACGGGGAUGCAGCACGACAACAUACUGCACACCUCGCCACACUGUCUGCCUCCUCACGAGUACACCUUAGCCCAAGCCCUGAAGUCUGCCGGUUACUCCACACAUGCCGUGGGCAAGUGGCACUUAGGUUUCUGCCGGCAAGAAUGCCUGCCAACUAAGAGGGGCUUCGAUUCCUACUUGGGUAUAGUGCUGGGCACCAGCAACCAUUUCAGUUACAAGAAGCGGGCCGGCAGGGCACUUUACCACAACGAGGCACCAGUCUCGUCUGACAUCAAGAAAUAUUCCACACUCUUAUACACGGAGAGAGCAGAAGAGGUGAUCAGGUACCACGCAGGGUCGUCAAAGCCGCCCCUGUUUCUGUUCGUCUCCUACCAAAGCGUGCACACGCCUCUGCAAGUGCCGGCCGAGUAUGAGGCCCAGUACUCGGACAAGAUACCCGAUACCAAACGCCUGAAGUAUGCGGCCAUGUUGAGUGUGGUCGAUGAGGGCGUGCUGAAUAUCACCCGGGCUCUCCGAAGCAAUGGCCUGUGGAAAAACACACUUCUUAUUUUCUCAACCGAUAACGGUGGUCGACCUCGUGCCGGCGGCAUCAAUUGGCCGUUACGUGGAGAAAAAUCCUCUCUUUGGGAAGGAGGUGUUCGCGGCGUAGGAUUUAUCGCUGGUCCCGUCCUACCGAAAUCCGUGCGGGGUACAAUCAACACAGGACUGUGUCACGUGAGUGACUGGUUCCCAACAUUGGUGAGAGGCGUGGCAAAGAAGCGAUUAAACAAUAUCAUGCCGCUAGAUGGCGUCAACGUGUGGCGAUCAAUCAGCCAAGGAAAGCCGUCGCCGCGAAAAGAGCUUCUUCACAACAUCGAUCCUUUACAGUCACCGGCUGAGUGGACGGAAACGGACGAACGGCUGUGGGGAAGACUAGACGGCCUGGUCUUCAACGCAACAAUCAGGGCGGCAAUCAGAGUUGGCAAUUGGAAACUUAUCACCGGCCAUGCAGGACCUUCGAAAUGGACACCGCCACCUGAGUCCACCACUGACGUUUACAGGUUCGUGGAGGAGGUCAGCACACGAACCUGCGUCAGAUUGUUCAACGUGCAGACGGAUCCUAGCGAGCACUACAACAUGGCGGCCAGCCAGCCCGACGUGGUAGGCAGGCUUUUGGCUCGCCUGGCCCAGUUCCAGGCCUCCUCCGUGCCCGCCAUCGACCACUCCGUCAAGGUGACUUCUACAAACUUCUUCAACCAGACUUCCAAACGUCAGACUGUCAUGCCCAUGCCCCUGGUCCAGCUAACGGGAACUUGGACCACGUGGAUGGAAGACUCGCCGGUACACUGAAGGCCCUAUGAUCUCCAUGUAAAAAUAUGAAUAACUGCACAAAAAUUAAACUACUCGCCCCCGAUCUCUCCAUGCGAAUGUGGGGAGGGAACCAGUCUCACCCACUCCCAUUGUAAUAAUGAAAAUAGAGUCGGUAAACGAAACUUUUUUUCUAAGCAGAAAUUGUAUAAAUAUAUUUUGCGUGCGUUUGAUUUUCAUAUAACAAAUAAAUUAGAUAGUAGCAUUAGAUAUAUUUCUUUACAAAUCUAUUGUUCUUGGAGUGGGAACGUUGCGGAUGGUGACUUUCGAUUUUUAUAUGAAGGCUAUCCCGAUUUUUAUAUGAUCAGUAGAUCUCAUUUCAUUUCAUUUGAAACUCGCAUUUAUUUUAAUACAAAAUGAGAAUUUAAGCAGAGAAACACAAGUACGUAAACAAAUCAGUAAAUAGAAUUAUCAAAAAGGUGUAAGAGGCGAAAAUAUUAGGUAUGGAGGCAUUCUUUGGUAGCCUGGGCUUGUGGCGAGAUGCCUUGGACGAGCUAACUCAGA